CUAUAGUGAAGAAGUUGCACACGAUGAAGGAGGUAUGGACAACGUUGGCAUCGAUGAUGGGUGUAUGGGCAUUCAGUCAAAGCAUUCUUCAAGUAGUUUUCCCACCUGAGAUUCGUUUCGCCAUUCUCAAAAUCAUUCAUCGAAUCUGUAACUGGUUCUCCGCUUAUUGCUACUACGACAUCACUGAGAUCGACGGAGUAAACACCAACGAGCUUUACAACGCUGUUCAGCUCUACCUGAGCAGCUACGCUUGUGUUACUGGUAAUCGUUUGAGUCUAACAAGAGGACUCAAUUCGAGCAACAUAACUUUCGGGCUAUCGAAUAACGAUUCUCUAAUAGAUGCAUUUAAUGGCGUUAAAGUUCAUUGGGAACAUGUGGUCACUCCGAGAAACUCACAGACAUUUUCAUGGCGGCCAUUACCGGAGGAAAAAAGGGGGUUUCUUCUCCGAGCUAAGAAAAAAGAUAAAUCUGUUGUAUUAGGUGCUUAUCUGGAUUUCGUUAUGGAAAAAGCUAAUGAAAUCAGAAGAAAAAAUCAGGAUCGAUUGCUGUAUACGAAUUCACGUGGAGGUUCACUUGAUUCGAGAGGUCAUCCUUGGGAGUCGGUACCGUUUAAGCAUCCCAGUACUUUUGAGACACUUGCUAUGGAUCCUCAGAAAAAGGCUGAGAUUAUGGCAGAUCUUUUGGAUUUUGCGAAUGGGGAAUCUUUUUAUCAGAGAACAGGCAGGGCUUGGAAAAGAGGUUAUCUUCUUUAUGGACCACCAGGUACAGGCAAGUCUAGUAUGAUUGCUGCAAUGGCUAAUUUUCUUGGUUAUGAUAUUUAUGAUCUUGAAUUAACAGAAGUGCAUACUAAUUCCGAGUUGAGGAAAUUGUUGAUGAAAACGAGUUCGAAGUCUAUUAUUGUCAUUGAAGACAUUGAUUGUUCUAUCAAUUUGACUAACAGGAAAAAUAACAGCAGUAGUAGUAGCAGUUACAAUGUUUCACCUCCUGGGAGUGGCGGUGUUGGUUCGAAUAGUGAAGAUGGUGGUGGGAAUACUAUAACUCUAUCGGGUUUGUUGAAUUUUACUGAUGGUUUAUGGUCGUGUUGUGGUAGUGAGAGGAUAUUUGUUUUCACAACGAAUCACAUUGAGAAGCUUGAUCCGGCGUUGUUGAGGUCUGGAAGAAUGGACAUGCACAUUCACAUGAGCUAUUCGUCUUUCGCUGCACUCAAGAUUCUGUUAAAGAAUUACUUGGGAUACAGCGAAGAUGAUGUAGAGAAGGAAUUAUUAGAUCAAUUGGAGCAAGUGAUGUGGCGAGCUGAAAUGACACCCGCGGAUAUAAGUGAGGUGUUAAUCAAGAACAGGAGGAAUAAAGACAAGGCGGUCUGGGAAUUACUGGAAGCAUUGAAGACAAGAGCGGAGAGGAAUGACAACAAGAGUAAUAAUAAUGCAGGUAAAUCAAAGGAAAACAACACAAUUGAGGAUGAGGAGCAAGUGAAAAGGGCAUUGUUAGUUGAGAGUCCUAAAGAAGGUAGUGGUGAUGAAUUGCAAGAAAAAUGUGACAAAGAAAAAGGUCAUGAGGUCAAUGAUGAUGAAAAGGUACUUUAG